CGAAUUCAUUUGCAAAUUACCAAUUUGGCAAAAAUCUUAAAAGAGGCCGUAGGCCGGCUUUUCAUUUCCUCCAUAAAAAAAUUCCACCAAACAAAACUCUCUCAUCUCCCCACACCUUCUCGCUGCUCUAUUCAUUCCUCCUAAUCCAUGGCCGGAGAAGGAGGAGAACUGACGGCGACUUUGCUGAAAAAGACGGCAGAGAACGGUGGAGAAAGUGAUGAUCAGUUGGGGAUGAGGGAAAAGGUUUGGAGGGAAUCAAAGAAGCUGUGGGUUGUGGCGGCGCCGGCGAUCUUCACAAGAUUCUCUACGUCCGGAGUAUCUUUGAUAACUCAAGCUUUCGUUGGCCAUCUUGGCCCCACUGAGUUGGCCGCUUACUCCAUCACCCUCACCGUUCUCCUCCGUUUUAGUAAUGGUAUCUUGUUAGGCAUGGCUAGUGCACUAGAAACACUAUGUGGUCAAGCCUACGGAGCAAAACAAUACCAUAUGCUUGGGAUUUACCUCCAAAGAUCAUGGACUGUCCUCAUUGGCUGUACCAUUUGCCUUACGCCCAUCUACAUCUUCGCGGGCCCUAUCCUCUUAGCCUUAGGUCAAGAGGAACGCCUUGUCCGUGUGGCUCGGAUCAUAGCUCUAUGGGUCAUAGGGAUCAACUUCUCCUUCGUACCAUCCUUCACUUGUCAAAUGUUUCUCCAAGCUCAGAGCAAGAACAAUAUCAUUUCCUACGUGGCUGCCAUAUCCUUGGGGGUCCACGUGUUCUUGUCGUGGCUCCUAAUGAUUCAUUUUGACUUUGGGAUCGCUGGUGCCAUGACCUCGUCGCUCGUAACGCACUGGUUGCCCAAUGUUGCUCAGCUCUUGUUUGUCACGUGCGGUGGGUGUAAGAACACGUGGAGAGGAUUCUCUUGGUUGGCUUUCAAGGAUCUUUGGCCCGUCUUCAAACUAUCUUUAUCUUCCGGUGGCAUGACUUGCUUGGAGCUAUGGUACAACUCGAUAUUGAUCCUGCUCACGGGGAACUUAAAAAAUGCUGAGGUUGCUCUCAACGCACUUGCAAUCUGCGUCAAUAUAAAUGCAAUGGAGAUGAUGGUAGCCUUCGGCUUCAUGGCAGCAGCAAGAGUUUCAAACGAGAUCGGGAAUGGAAACUCUAAAGGAGCAAAAUUUGCAACAAUGAUAGUGGUUUUGACAUCACUUUCAAUAGGGAUCGUUCUAUUCUCCGUCUUCCUGUUCCUAAGAGGAAGAGUUUCGUACAUUUUCACAACAAGUGAAGCUGUUGCCGCUCAAGUAGCCGAUCUUUCUCCACUAUUGGCCUUCUCCAUCCUAUUGAACAGUGUUCAACCUGUUCUUUCUGGAGUUGCUGUCGGAGCCGGAUGGCAAACAUAUGUUACAUACGUUAACCUUGCUUGCUAUUACCUUAUUGGAAUUCCUUCCGGCAUUUUCCUUGGCUAUGUCGUGGGUUUGCAAGUCAAAGGUGUUUGGUUAGGAAUGAUUUUUGGAAUCUUUGUUCAGACGUGCGUUCUUACGAUAAUGACUAUGAGAACAGACUGGGAUCAACAGGUGUCCUCGUCGUUGAAACGAUUGAACCGUUGGGUUGAACCAGAAUCCAGAGCGAUCGACUUGACGAAGGAGUCGUCGGUGUCGGGAAUGCAGAUUGACUAUAUAGACAUUUCUACGUUGCCGUUUAUCGACACCGAUCUGGAAAUCAACGGGACGUAUCCUCCUGUCGUCGAAGCUUUCCGGCAGAAGAUCCUUGAAGCCGAUAGCAUUCUCUUCGCCUCGCCUGAGUAUAAUUACUCUGUCUCAGCUCCUCUUAAGAACGCGAUCGACUGGGCAUCAAGAUCGCCUAAUGUUUGGGCAGACAAACCCGCUGCCAUCAUAAGUACCGGUGGAAUAUUUGGUGGAGGAGUGUCUCAAUAUCAUCUUCGACAAAUCGGAGUAUUCCUUGAUAUUCAUUUCAUCAACAAACCAGAGUUUACUCUCAAUGCGUUUCAACCGCCUCAGAAGUUCGAUGCAGAAGGAAACUUGGUUGAUGAAUCGGCUAAAGAGAGGUUAAAACAACCUCAUACUCUCUCCUCUCUCACCACACCUAUUUCAUUCUAUGCGAUGGCCGGAGGAGGGGGAGAACUGACGGCGACUUUGCUGAAAAAGACGGCAGCGAACGGUGGAGAAAGUGAUGAGUUGGGGAUGAAAGAUAAGGUUUGGAGGGAAUCAAAGAAACUAUGGAUUGUGGCGGCGCCGGCGAUCUUCACAAGAUUCUCAACGUUUGGGGUAUCUUUGAUAAGUCAAGCUUUUAUCGGCCACCUUGGCCCAACCGAGUUAGCUGCUUACUCCAUCAGCUUCACUGUUCUGCUCCGUUUCAGUAAUGGUAUCUUGUUAGGUAUGGCUAGUGCACUAGAGACACUAUGUGGUCAAGCCUAUGGAGCCAAACAAUAUCAUAUGCUUGGGAUUUACCUCCAAAGAUCAUGGAUCGUCCUCAUAGGCUGUGCCAUUUGCAUCACGCCCGUCUACAUCUUCUCGGGUCCUAUCCUCUUAGCCUUAGGUCAAGAAGAACGCAUAGUCAGUGUGGCUCGGAUCAUUGCAUUAUGGGUCAUAGGAAUCAAUUUCUCCUUUGUACCAUCCUUCACUUGCCAAAUGUUCCUACAAGCUCAGAGCAGGAACAAGAUAAUUGCAUACGUGGCUGCUGUCUCCUUAGUGGUCCACCUGUUCUUGUCGUGGCUCCUCAUGGUUUAUUUUGACUUUGGGAUCACUGGAGCUAUGACCUCGAUGCUCGUGGCUUUUUGGUUGCCUAACAUUGCGCAGCUCUUGUUCGUCACAUGUGGCUGGUGUAAGGACACGUGGAUGGGCUUGGAGCUAUGGUACAACACGAUCUUGGUUCUGCUCACUGGAGGCUUAGAAAAUGCAGAGGUUGCUCUUGAUGCACUUUCAAUCUGCGUCAACAUAAAUGGACUGGAGAUGAUGGUAGCCUUCGGCUUCAUGGCAGCGGCAAGUGUAAGAGUGUCAAACGAGAUCGGAAGUGGAAAUGCGAAGGGAGCCAAGUUUGCAACAAUGACAGCAGUUUUAACAGGAAGAAUUUCAUACAUUUUCACAACAAGUGAAGCCGUUGCUGCAGAAGUAGCAGACCUUUCUCCAAUCUUGGCUUUCUCCAUCCUCUUAAACAGUGUUCAACCUGUUCUCUCUGGAGUCGCUGUUGGAGCGGGAUGGCAAGAAUAUGUUACGUAUGUUAAUCUUGCUUGCUAUUAUCUUAUUGGGAUUCCUUCUGGCGUUUUUCUUGGCUAUGUUAUCGGUUUGCAAGUCAAGGGUGUCUGGUUAGGAAUGCUUUUUGGAAUUUUCGUUCAAACUUGUGUGCUUACAAUAAUGACUCUUAAAACAGAUUGGGAUAAACAGGUUUCUUCGUCGCUGAAACAUUUGAGUCGUUGGGUUGAACCGGAGGAUGCAGAUUUAAUCAAGGCUUCAUUAGACGAAUAACAAAGCAUGUGGUAAAUGGUGUUUGAAAAUUUUCAUAAUGGAUAUGAUAUUUAUUCGUUAAAAAAAAUUGCUUGGGUUUUUCUACAACUCUUGUUAACAACGUGACAAUUGUAUUUUGAUAUGCUCGUAACUUGUCAAUUCAUAUUUUCUUGAUUUAUGACAUUACACAUAAUUUGAAAUUUAAAAUUCAAUAUCUUUUUUUUUUGGAAAA